ACGUCAGUGACAUGGCGGCGACCGUGGCGGCUCCGGAACCCUGGAGAGCGGUGGCUCCGCGGAGGAAGCGCGCGGCGGGGAGACGGCCGCAGCAGGCCGAGGGACCUCGGGCCGAUCCGGAGGCGGACGGCGAGGCGGUGCUGCGCCGCCUGCGGGAGGCCGAGGAGGACCUGCGGAUCUCUGAUUUCUGCACUUCGGCACUGGAAACCGUCACCGAGUGUCUUAGGAAACAGCUGGAACAACUGCAGCCCCUAACGGAUGCCCUUGGAAGGCUGCACCUUGGCUCACCGCCUGGUGGGCCAGGGGAGCCCUUGGCCUCGAGCCUUUCCCGUGUGAAGUGUGUCUGCUAUGGCCUUGGGACCUUUGCCUCCUGCCCCACUGCUCGGGUCCAGCUUGCUUUUAUGCUUCUCUUUCUGGAGAAGUGCCAGAUCCCCAGAAGCCAGUGCUGGGUCUAUGACCCUCUGUUCAGUCAGACUGAGGUUUCGGUUCUCACCUCUCUCGGUGUGACUGUCCUCGGUGAGAAUGAGGAAGGCAAGCGCAGUGUCCAGGGCCAGCCCACUGUCUUCUACAUGCCGCACUGUGGGACAGCUCUAUACAACAACCUGCUGUGGAGCAACUGGUCUGCAGACGCCCUGUCCAGGGCGCUCAUCAUCGGGAACAGCUUCCGAGGCCUCGAGGAAAGGUUGUUGGCGAGGAUUCUGCAGGAAAAUUAUCCCUACAUUGCAAAGAUUCUGAAAGGCCUGGAGGAGGUCCCACUGCCUCAGACUCCUCGGUACACCGACACCUUUAACGACACAUCUGUCCACUGGUUCCCGCUACUGAAGCUGGAGGGAUUGCCUGGGGACCUGUGGGCAUCCCGGGAAGAGCCUGACUACCAGAACUGCGAGGACCUGGAGAUCAUCAGGAGACCCACAGACCGCUUAGCUGGAAUAGCAGGACAGUUCUCUGUACCCACGGUGCACACCACACCAGAUCCUUUGCCAGGCCAGGAAUUCAGCCUGACUGGGGACACCGAGUCACAUCCUGCCCUGGUGGCCUGGUCUCCCAAAUAGAGACAUUAUUUCCCA